AUGAUUGGAAAAGCUCUAUUUUGGAAUAUCAGGUCGGUUAGGUCUCAAAAGGCCUUCGAUAGACUGAUAGAUCUAAAUAGGAGACAUCAUUACAAAUAUAUAGCUCUACUGGAACCUUUUCAAGGACCACAUGAGUUAGAACAAUAUAAAAGGAGAUUGGGAUUUCAAAAUGCUUAUUGUAAUUGUGCAGCCAAGAUAUGGAUAUUUUGGGAUGAUGAUUGGACAUGGGAGGUGGUAAGAGAUAACAUUCAACAUGUCUCCAUGAGGUUUGAAGCGGGAAAUGUCAAAUUCAUGGUUACAGCUGUAUAUGCGAGAUGCGAUGCAUUGGAAAGAUUAGAGUUGUGGGAGGAAAUGGAGGAAUUAGCAGGAAAUAAUCAGAUUCCAUGGCUAGUAGGUGGGGAUUUUAAUGUUAUUUUAAAUGAAGAGGAGAAACAAGGGGGAAGAGAAUUUACGUCCUAUGAAGCGAUGGAUUUCAAUCAGUGUAUCAAUAACUGUGCAUUAUCAGAGGUUAAGUCUUUUAGGAGUAAAUUCACCUGGUGGAAUGGAAGAAUAGAGGGAGAAUGUAUUUUCAAAAAGUUAGAUAGAGUGCUCUGUAAUCAAGAAUUUGAGCAGAUUCUUCCUACUAGCAAAGUGCAUCAUUUAAUACGGCAAGGUUCAGAUCAUGCGCCUUUGCAUUUUAUUUGUAAUUCGGAGGAGGAGUCUAUAAUUCGACCGUUUAAGUUUCUUAAUUUUUGGACGAAACAUCCAAAAUUUAGGAAAGUGGUAGAGGAGAAUUGGAAGGUGGAUUUUAAAGGUUCACCGUUUCUGGAAUUUCAAGCAAAGAUAAAGAAGGUUAAGCAGGCUUUGUCGUGUUGGAGUAAAGAGACUUUUGGGAACAUAUUUAAUCAAGUGCAGACGUUGGAGGAGGAAAUAAGAAUAAAGGAGAUGCAGUUGGAGAUUAAUCCUUCACCUGGAAAUAGACAGGAACUAAGCAGAACAGAAGCAAACUUGAAAAAAUAUAGAUACAUGGAGGAGGAAUUUUGGAGACAAAAAUCAGGGAUGAGAUGGUUUAAGGAUGGCGAUAGAAAUACAAAGUUUUUUCACAAUUAUGUGAAAGGAUGGAGGAAGAAAUUAUUCAUCCCCGAAAUUACUACGGCUCAAGGGGAUAAUGUGACUGGUAAUGAGAACAUAGGAGCGGAGGCAGUGUCAUUUUUUGAAGAUCAAUUUAAGGAAACAAAUACAAAUGAUGAUGAUAGCAUGCUUGAUUUGAUCCCGAGAAUUAUCACUCCGUUGCAAAAUGAAGAGAUGGGAAUAUUGCCUAAUAAGGAUGAGGUGAAAGAGGUGGUUUUUGCGUUAAAUGGGGAUAGCACAAGUGGUCCAGAUGGUUUUUCAGGGGAAUUUUUUUAG